CGAAUUCCUUAGCCAGAAAUCUUGACAACAAAUUCGCAAUUCUUAACUAACUUCAUAUCAUUACAAGUAAAUCUGAAACAUGGCGACUGGCGUGAAGUUUUAUAACGCUGAAUUAAACGAUUUUAUUGCAAAAAAACAGACAACUCACCCUGAAUUGUCUGCAGAAUGGCUUAAAUUAGAAGAACUUUACAACAAAAAAUUAUGGCACCAGCUUACCCUGAAAGUCCAGGACCUAGUGGAAAAGCCCACUAUGCAGACUGGAGACAACCUGAUCACCUUAUACACUAAUUUUGUUAGCUAUUUUGAAAAUAAAAUAAACCCCCUCUCCCUGGUGGAGAUCAUAGCCCAUGUGGUGAAGCAAUACACCAAUAAGAAGGAAGCCAUCGCCUUCUUGGAGAAGAUUGAGGGCAAAGUCAAGGCUAAUGAUGAAGCUCUUGCACUAUGCAAGGUCCUCCAAGGUCAGAUAUACUUAGAACAGCUGAACGACCUGGAUGCCACCGAGAAGAUCAUUGAACAGCUGGAGGGCAGCCUCGAAGACGCUGAUGGAGUCACACCCGUGCAUGGCAGGUUUUACAAGCUCGCUUCUGAGUAUUACAGAGUCCGAGGUCCCAUGGCGAAGUACUACCGCUCGGCGCUGCGCUACGUGGGCUGCGCGGGCGGGGGCGCAGGCCUAGCGCCGGAGGAGCGCCGCGCCACCGCACUCCGUCUCGCCCUCGCUGCAGUUAUAGCACCCAAUGUUUAUGACCUUGGGGAGUUGCUAGCUCACCCGAUCCUGGAGUCCCUGCAAGGUACUCCGGACGCGUGGGCCUGCGAGUUGGUGAAGGCAGUAGCGUCGGGCGACGUGGCCCUCUUCGAGAAGGUCCGCGCCUCCGCCCACCAUCCCGACCUCGCGCGCACCGACAGACAACUGCGCCAGAAGAUAGCUAUCUUAUGCUUGAUGGAGAUGGCCUUCAACCGCACGUCAGCUCAGCGCAAGUUGACCUUCGCAGAGAUCGCCCGGGAAGCCAGGGUGCCCAUAGACGAGGUGGAAUUGCUGGUGAUGAAGGCCCUCGCUGAGAAACUCAUUAGAGGACAUAUUGAUCAGGUGAACAGUACAGCGCACAUUGGCUGGGUGCGUCCCAGGGCUCUGCCCCGCGCGGGGGCGGCGGCGCUGGCGGCGCGGCUCGAUGCCUGGUGCGUCGCCGUCGCGGGGGCCGCUGACCUGCUCGCUGGGGCUGCGCCCGACCUACUCACUGCAUAGCAUUCAGAUCAACAGGCACCUGGUUCAACAGAGGGCGCUGCAGGCGAGUGAACGAAUGUAUUUGUCAAAUCUUCCUCCCAACUAAUAUUUACAGUAACAAUAAACGUUAAUUCUAA